UAUAUUAAUUAUAAGGUAGUGUCGUCGGCGAAUUCAGAAAUACGGAGCGAGUUCAUUUUAUUUUUUAUAUAUGGAGUUUGACAGCAUGCCUACACUUCAAAGUGCCAGCACACUGUCAAACUACAUAUAAAAAAUCCAAAGUGUAUUAGCAAAAAACAAUCAGCUGCUCUGUUAACACUACCUUAUAAUUAAUAUACCUUGGUCCGUGCUAUUAAUACAAUUUGGGAAUUAACAGAUAAACAUAAAAAGGAAUCCCCUUAUAACAAAGCAGAAGCAAUGGCGCAUACAUUUUAUCAUAGACUAUCAAAUUUUACACAUAACAACUUGAUGAUUAAUCCGUGCUAGUUCCAAAACAAAGAACGAAAAUAUUAUGGCGUCUAAAUCAACAAAUUUAUUAUUUUUAUAUAAAAUAACUCCAGAAACUUUAAAGAAAUUCGAGGAAAAUUGUGUAUACUUUAAAAAGCCUGAGUUGGUGGCGUACUACGACUAUCUGGAUGGAUUCAUAGUUAAAGCCAGUAGUAUUAAAUAUUUAAAACAUCCAGAUACAUUGUCAUAUCCAAUGGACUUAAAUAAGGGUUUUCAUGAAUAUACAAUGCCCAAAACUGUGUCUCUUUCGAGGCAAAUUAAGCCAUCUCUUAUAUAUUAUGACUCGCUUUCGGAUGACCUUGAUGAUACUAAGAAUAUGAGAAAAACAAAAGUAAUUACACGUCGUGGUACAUUAGUCAGAUUAAUGGAAACGCAUUAUAAUAACGUAAUUACUGAUUUAACCAUAAGGGUAACACGUUAUAAUGGCAAUUUGUAUAUGAUUUUGGAUCAAAAGGAGUUGUCAGAUAGUGAAUUGAAUCCGGUUCAUACACAUCAUAAACAUUUGGAGAGAUUUAUAUUUUCAGAUGCACCUGAUAUUCCACCAAUAUUGUAUGAACCAAUUGAUGAAAACUUUUAUCAAAUUGGUGUACAUCGAAGUAGUUUUGGUAAAUAUGAUAUUAUUUACUCAGGCGAAAUGCAAGGUAUCAUUUCCAAUGAAGAAAUUGAGGAUUUUGAUGCUCGGACACUUAAUGACUGUCGUUUUGUUUUCACCAAACAAAUGUGGUGGUCAUAUAAAGAUCAGGACACCAAAUAUUUAAGAAUUUGGUUGCAAUCCUAUUUAGCUAAUGUCCAAGACUUGUAUAUCGGCUAUAAAAAUCGUCAUGGAAUUAUAGAAAAACCCAUAGAACACAACAAAGCAAAAGAUUUGCCCAAGGAUCGCUUCUGGAAGCCAGUAAUUUGUACAGGAUUCUUGCAUGAAUUUUUGGAAAAUGUAGAAAAAUGCAUGUCCUCUGUCAACUGUUUAAAUACUGUCUAUGAAUUUCACUAUGAUCAAGAAGAGAAAUCCUUUAGUUAUGAAAUAUUUAAUGGUAAAAGUGAUAAAUCUUUUAUAAUCGAUAAUGAUGUUCAGAUAUUUUUUCUUAAAUAAUUCUAUGUAAAGAAUCAGAUUAUACUUUUGUAGAUCUAAGACCACUAUUUUGAUGCCUUACAAAUAGUAUGACAAAUAUUUUUUUAUUGAACACCAACUUUGGCGUGAUAUAUUUCUUUAAAUAAAAUUUAAGAAGAAAUUUAAAAA